CCCUGUGCCCCUCUCGUCGUCUUCCCUCGCCUGUUUCUGUUCGGCCAUGGCUUUUUCAACUUGGCACCAAAACCCCACCUUCCUUAAACCCCACGGUUCUCUACCACCCAAACCUUGCACCGCUACCACAUCCUCGCCUUCCACCUACGUUCCGGUCCGGUGCGGCGGUCCCCGGUCUCAGCGCGGGCCUCUCGUAAAAGGCCGAACUCUCAGCAUUGAAGCAAUCCAAGCCGUCCAAACCCUCAAGCGUCUCCAUCGAACCAAACCCUCCAACGUAGACGACCUCGUCUCCAAGAACCUAUCGCGGCUGAUCAAGUCCGACCUCAUGGCCGUCCUCAAGGAGCUCCUCCGGCAGGACCAGUGCGCGCUAGCCCUCCGAGCCUUCUCCGCCGUCCGAUCGGAAUACCAGGCGGAGCUGUCGCUGUACGCAGAGAUGGUGCAGGCUCUGGCGAGGAAUGGGAUGGCGGAGGAUGUGGACCGUCUGAUUGUGGAGAUGGGGGAAUCGGAGGGUGGAAUCGAGUGCGACGACAAGGGAUUGGUGGAGUUGAUCAAGGCGGUGAUUGGAGCGCAGAGGAGGGAAUCAACGGUCAGGAUUUACGGGAUGAUGAAGAAGAGUGGGUGGGGGUGGCGCGUGGAGGCGGAUGAGUAUGUGGCUAAGGUUUUGAGUAACGGCCUCAAGAACUUUGGGGAAGAGGCUCUUUCUCAGGAGGUUGAAAGUGAAUACAAGAAGUCAUUUGCCAAGUUCUCCAGGGACAGAUUGGUCAAACCAAUUAUUUAGUUGUUGUAAAAUGUAAUCGCCUUGUGAUCCGACAGAAUUGAAAAUACAAUUUUGGUCAUUUGAUUUUAUUACACA